AGUGGCUUUUGAGAGUGCAUCCAAGUUGUGGGCUGAGGCUUUGCAUUCGUGCGUGCGUCUGGCACACUGCACUGAAAACUCUUUCCUGGAGAAGAAAAGCUCAUGCAAAAGUGUGCAGGAUCAUACGUGGUCUAUGCCAAAUUUGACCCCCAGGAAGGCUGCAACUGCAAGGGGAAGACAAGGAAGUUGACUCAACGAAUCAAGUGGUAGAAGGAUCCAGUCCUAGUGGAUGUAAACUACAUCUUUCUUUGCACCCUGGCUGCAUAUUUCUCAACAUUGCGCAUUUGUAUACGACCUGCAAGCCAGACAGUCCACGAUAUUUCGUCUGAUUAAAUGCAUUGAUUAAAGCAACAUUAAUGGCUAUUUAAUUGCUGAUUUGAAACCAAUGGAAUGAUUUCAUCUUUCACAUGACUUUCCAUUUAUCAAUAGGGCUGUUGAAAUCUCAUUUGUUACUGCGGGCAAUAACACUUGCACGCCUUGCCGAAAAUGUGAGCAUUUGGAUUUGAUUUCACCAAGAAGGGAAAAAUGUGUCGGUGGAAUGAAGUUAACAUGAACACUUCGAAUAGUCUGCGAUGGUAACCGGGGAAUGUGGAACGACCAUGCAUCGAAUUCUGCAGAGGAGAAAAGUGCGCAAACUUCGCUUCGUCUGGGCAUUCAUGGCGAUGGUGGCUCUGUCGCUCGCCGCCUGCAGCGCACUAUUUACGGCGUGGACCUGGAGACAGACGCUGGACCUGUCCCAGUCCGUUAAAACUCUGCAAGACCGAUUGGAGCAAGUGAAUACUCAGCGCAAGGCCAUUGUCCAACUCAUCAUGGAGAAGAGAGAGUUGCUGGUGGGGCAAAGGGUGAAAAGAGAUGGGGGAACUGGGAAAGGGAAGAAUGGAAAUGGAAAGAAAGUGGCUUCUCAGUUUGAGAUAACCAAAGAGUCUGUUCAGAAAGUGGGAGAGGACGGCUUGAUAAAGGGAUGGACGGACUCAGAGCAGUUGAAUAUGAGCAAGGCGGUGAAGUACAACACAGACAGAGGCACCUUCACAGUGGAGAGAGCUGGAGUCUACUUCCUGUACUGUCAGGUGUUGUUCAAUGAGAAUCAGUCUCAGCUGGUGAAGUUGGACGUGGUGGUUGUGAAGAGGGGCCAGCCGCUACAGAAGCUGCAGUGCAUGGAGGGCUACGGGACUACGCCUGCAGCCGGAUCCCACCAGUUCCACUUUCUCAAACCCUGCCAGGUGUCUGGCCUGCUGCGGCUAGAGAAGGGGGCGGAGCUACAGGCCAUCACAGGCGCCGGCUUCAGCCUCCACAUCACGGGGAAGCACUACUUCAGCCUCUUCAAGGUCAACUGAGCUGCCGGAGAGGAUGGAAAUAUUGGAAGGAUGGAGGGGGUGGAACUUGGUUGAAGGAAGCGUUUUGUCCUACUCCGACCUGUAUUAAUGAGACACGCCAACGUGACAUUCCGCAUUUGUUUUAUUGUGAAAUCUGGACCAACGAUCUGGAGCAUUGGAAUAACUAUGGAUUAUGUUAGCUACAGACACUCUGUAUCAGAUGAGGCUGGUGGGAGGAGCUAUAGGAGGACUGGCUCAUUGUAAUGGCUGGAAUGGAAUA